UACGAGAGAACUUUUUUUUAAAUUACUCCAUUGUACUUACGUUGUAUAUCGAUGGCCAUGGCAACGACAUUAUCACAAAUUCUGGAAGCAACUAUUUCUCCAGAUCAAAAUAUUAGCGGGAAAGCAUUACAAUAUCUUCAGGAUGCCUUAAAAAGCGACUUGCCUGGUUUUCUCAAUGUCUUAACCAUUGAAAUUGCUAAUGAAAGUAAUACACCGACGGUAAGAAUGGCCGCGAGUUUAUUUGUUAAAAAUCAAUUGGCAAUGCGAGACGAAGCCUCCCGUAAGGAAUUACACAACCGCUGGCUUCAAGUUAAUGCUCAAAGUAGAAAACAGAUUAAGAACAAUCUUCUUAAAACUUUAGCCACUCCACACACCAUCGUUGGACGUUCUGUAGCUCAAGCCGUAUCUUCUAUUGCUCAAGCUGAGCUUCCUAAUAAUCAGUGGCCUGAACUUAUCCAAUUAUUAUUAUACAAUGCUACUCAUAGCAAUAAUAACUUCUACUUGCAGCAAGCUACUAUUGAAGCUUUGGGUUUUAUUUGUGAAGAGAUAGUAAUUUUUUACUAA